AUGAAGCGUGGUCACUCCCCCGAAACCAGCAAGGCCAAGAAGAUCAAGACAUCUGUCGGUUUGUCUGCGCAAGAAAAUGAAGAAACCGGCGGGUGGACGAAGGUCGAGAAGCGAAAGCAGAAGAAGGCGAGAAAGGCGGAAGUACAGAUGGACAAGCAGCCUCGAUUCCUGUACAAUAACGCAGAAAUCGCCAAGCGCAAUCAUGCAAUGGGCAUAGAUGAUAUCAGAGAGUUGGUCCUGCAUGUUACAGCGGAUGCUCCUCCGCCGAACUGGGUUCGGAUAGAUAACGCCUUGCAAAUACAGAAGGUUGUCGUACUUCUCGUACCUGGCAUCACCCGUGAAGUGCUAUCCCUCCCUCCUCCCCCGACAUCCGCUACUACCAACCCGAACUUCCCGAUCUCUAUUCCCCUUCGUCCCCCGCCCGACGCACCCACGAUCGGCCUGCCCUUCAUCUCCUCGACUUUCAGCCAUGCCGUCCCGACUCGCGCUCCUGGAGAUGCGAACCGGAUGCACAGCGUCCUCAGCACGUUCUUCAAUGGCCCUGUCUCGGAGCAAGAGCGGAGGCAACGCAUGGCCGCGCGCGCUGCCUCAGAAGCCUCUACUGCGAAUGAUCCCUCACGAUAUCUUAUCACGCUGGAGCAAAUGAUCGAGAACGACUACCCGGUGCCCUCGUACAUGGCGGACACAUUCCAGAAGCCGGACGACGCCUGGGUCGAGAUCCCGAAGGAGGAGUCGAGCAUUCUGGAUGACUUCCAGGCGAGGAGGCAGCCCAAGCAGAGGAGCGUCUACGCGUUGGAUUGUGAGAUGUGUCUUACUGAAGAUGGACAAGAGCUUGCGCGAGUCUGCAUGAUCGACUUCACUACGGACAAAGUGAUGUACGAUCGCCUAGUCAAGCCCGCGAAGCCCAUCCUCGACUAUCUCACCAAAUGGUCAGGGAUAACCGAAGAGUCGCUCGCGCCUGUCACCACCACACUUGCUGAAGUUCAGGCCGACAUCGUCAGGUUCCUCACCCCCAAAGACGCACCCAUGCCCAUUCUCAUGGGCCACUCGCUCGAGAAUGAUCUUCGCGCCCUCAAGAUUUGCCAUCCCCUCUGCAUCGACACCGCUCUCAUGUACCAUCACCCACGCGGCAGACCGCUCAAGCCCGGUCUCGCCUGGCUAACCCGAAAAUGGUGCGCGCGCGAGAUCCAGGCCCGCGGCGAGGGCGGACACGACCCAGAGGAGGACGCACGCGCUUGCGUCGAGCUGCUGCACCGCAAGCUUGAGUACGGGCCGGACUACGGGACGUUCCGCGUGGACUGGGAGAGCAUCUUUGAGCGCAUGUCGCGGAGCACGAAGUUCAACGCGGGCGGCGCGGGGCGCGCGGCGGUGAUCGAUCACGGGAAUCCGGCGCUGCAUGGGGCGAAGGCAUCGACGGCGGUCGCAUGCACGACGGACGAGGAGGUACUUAGCGGGCUUCUGGAAGCGAUCCCCUCACAUAAGUUCGUCUAUGGUCGCUUCACGGAGCUGGCGGAUACUCUUGGAUGGAUCACCGCCAGACCGGAAAAGGGCGCUCCACCACCCGAGGAGCCCCCAGCGUUCAAGCCACCUCCAACCAAAGAGGCAGUCAACCAGGCGCUCGCAGCACUCAACACCCGCCUCGCAGCUGUCCACGCAGCUCUCCCACCACGCACGGCGCUCGUCAUUUUCACCGGGCACGAGGACCCGCAGCGGAUGGUUAACCUGGGCCGCAAGCGCGGCGCUUGGGAAGCAGCCAUCCGCAACGGAGCCGACCCCGCGGAGAAGUGGACGAUGGAGGACGUGCGUCAGCUGGAGGAGGCCGUGGAGGUCGCCAAGCGCGGGCUGCUCUUCUUGGGCGUGAAGUCAUAGGCUCGCCUAAUUCAGCGUCUGCGCUUCGCUUCUCUAUCUUGGUCUGCUGGCCAUGCCGGCUACUCUCUUUGCUGGUCUGCUGGCUCUGCCGCCGCUUCGACUUCUGUUAGGCUGCGUCACUUUGUCGUGUGUAUGUCCGUCAUUGGGCGACCUUACGUGCGCGAGAUUAUAUGCAACAGGCUUCCAGGGCGUCCUUCGCGCCCCGCCACCCUAUGUGUAGUGAACAUCUGAUUGCGGCGUCGAAUGACGAAGGUACAGAACGUGGGC